AUGCCUCAGGCAGCUAUGAUCCCUCAGAGGGUGAGUUACAUGGGGCAACAAGCUACCAAGUUAAUGAUGCAUGCCUCCACUUCACAUGGUUUUACUUUCAUUCAUUUUAAUUCUCCUGUUCUUUCUUUCCUUGGUGACCAUAAGAUAGUGGCUGGGGACUUGCAGUUUGAAGAUCAUGAGCGUGUUCGUUACACUCGAGAUCAUCUGCUGCAGCUAAGGGAGAUUGCUGAGAUCCCUGAGGAUAUUCUAAAGAUUAAACAAGAAAUUGAGGCUGAAUUCAUUGGCGAAGAUCAAACCUGGGGUCAUGGAGACAGCAAUCAUCAAACCCAAACUCGUUAUUCUGAGCCAGAUGCCCGUGAUUGGCGUGGCCGAUCCGCACCGUCUCCUGUGUCAGGAGAGGAGAGAUCCUGGGAAGCUCUGCGAGAUAAUAGGGAGUUGUCCGGUAGAUUUGAGUCAAGACCUCACGAAGCAAAUCUCCGUCAAGACCAGUUGAAUUCCCAGUUUGCAAGGGCUCAAAUAUCGUCCAAUCAAGGGAAUCCCCUGCCUCUCCCCAAAACAGGGAAAGGAAACCGGAGUGAUGUAAAAGAAAUGGAAAAAGGAAAGGAUUGUCCAAGUGUGUUACACUUAGCCGUGGUGAGGCACUGGCUUGCAUUUAUUGAGUUAUUUUCUCUAAGUACUGGUAAACCAUUGGGCGGUUGCCCCGUUGGUCUGGAUGUUGGAGAUUGGUUGAAGUUUGGUUAUGUAGUAGGACUUGCAGCUGCUCUUAUAAAGGCUGAAGUUCCAUGGUCAGUAAGAAGAGGGAAUUUGUCCGAGAAGGAACGUGUCUUAAAGACAGUGAAAGGUAUAUUGAACAAGUUAACCCCAGAGAAGUUUGACGUUCUUAAGGGCCAAUUGAUCGACUCCGGAAUCACAAGCCCCGACAUUCUAAAGGAUGUUAUCUCAUUGAUAUUUGACAAGGCUGUGCUGGAGCCAACGUUUUGUCCCAUGUAUGCUCUUCUUUGUUCUGACCUCAACGAGAAGCUUCCUCCUUUUCCCUCUGAGGAACCUGGUGGGAAAGAGAUUACGUUUAAGAGAAUCCUUUUAAAUAAUUGCCAGGAGGCAUUUGAAGGUGCUGACAAUCUAAGGGCAGAAAUUAGUCAGAUGACUGUCCCUGAGCAAGAAAUGGAACGCAGGGACAAAGAAAGAAUGAUCAAAUUGAGAACCCUUGGAAACAUCCGCCUUAUUGGAGAACUACUGAAGCAGAAGAUGGUUCCUGAAAAGAUUGUUCACCACAUUGUUCAGGAACUCUUGGGACCUGACCCCAAAGCUUGCCCAGCCGAGGAAAAUGUGGAGGCAAUUUGUCAAUUCUUUAAUACAAUUGGUAAGCAGCUGGAUGAUAGCCCAAAAUCUCGGCGAGUGAAUGAUAUGUACUUCAGCAGGCUGAAGGAGCUGACAACGAAUAUUCAACUUGCAGCACGGUUGAGGUUUAUGGUCCGCAAUGUACUUGACCUACGGGCCAAUAAAUGGGUCCCCAGACGUGAAGAGGUGAGAGCAAAGACAAUCUCUGAAAUCCAUAACGAGGCAGAGAAGAAUCUAGGUUUGCGUCCAGGUGCAACUGCAAAUAUGAGGAAUGGUCGUAACGUGGGGCCACAAGUUGCAGGUCCUGGAGGCUUCCCCAUAACCAGACCUGGUCUUGGGGGUAUGAUGCCUGGUAUGCCUGGGACCAGGAAGAUGCCUGGGAUGCCAGGGCUGGAUACAGACAAUUGGGAGGUUCCAAGAACUAGACCGGUACCAAGGGCUGAUGCUUUGUAUUCUAAGUCUUCCGGACAUCUUCAGCCACCUUUAGUUGGCAGUGCAGCAUCCCUUGAUGCAAAAUUCCUACCUCAGGGAAGCAGUGGUUUUAUAGCUGGAAAGACCAGUGCUUUGUUGCAGGGAAGUGGUGCACCACAACCUUCAGGGUUUAUCCCGGGAGUUGAACCCUCAACUCAAAAAUCCAAGCUCGUUGCUCUGGCACCAUCAGUAAUUCCUCCUCCUGUGAAGCCUCAGAAUGAUGAAGCAAAAUUGGAUCCUGCAGAUCUUCAGAGAAAAACUGUUGCCCUUCUGGAAGAAUAUUUCAGUGUCCGUAUUCUCGAUGAAGCAUUGCAAUGUGUGGCAGAGCUGAAUUCUCCAUCAUACCACCCUGAGGUCGUUAAAGAAGCCAUUGCGUUGGCACUAGAAAAGAGCCCACCUUGCGUAGAACCCAUCACAAAGCUGCUUGAAUUCUUGCUCCACAAAAACGUUAUAACACCUAAAGAUAUAGUUUCUGGGUGUCUUCUUUAUGGUUCAAUCAUGGAUGAUAUUGGCAUUGAUAUACCAAAAGCACCAUAUAACUUUGGGGAGGUUAUUGGAAAGUUGGUCUUGACUGGGGGGUUGGAUUUCAAGGUGGUGGCAGAGGUUUUGAGGAAGGUAGAGGAUGAUAGGUUCCGGGUGGCCAUUUAUGAGGCCAUCAAGAGCAGCAUUAAUUCUUCACCUUCUGCGCAAGGAGUCUUGGCAACGCAGGGAGCUGAUAUGCAGGCUUGUGAGAGUCUGCUCUCCUGA